AUGUCUACCGCCGAGCUCGCCUCCUCCUACGCCGCUCUCAUCCUCGCUGAUGACGGUGUCGAUAUUACUGCCGACAAGCUCCAGUCUCUUAUCAAGGCCGCAAAGCUCGAGGAAGUCGAGCCCAUCUGGACCUCCCUUUUCGCCAAGGCUCUUGAGGGCAAGGAUGUCAAGGACCUACUCCUGAACGUUGGCUCAGGUGGCGGCGCUGCUGCCCCUGCUGCCGCCGGUGGUGCUGCCGCCGCUGGCGGUGCCGCUGACGCCGCACCAGCAGCCGAGGAGAAGAAGGAAGAGGAGAAGGAGGAGUCCGACGAGGACAUGGGCUUCGGUCUUUUCGACUAA